AUGAUGCUAAGGAACGUGCUGGUGGGCCGUAGACUAACGACGUUGUGCGUGAUCUUUCUUUACACCGGCGGCAUGUCUUAUCAUACGAUCAUGCCAUUGUCUUCCAGAACGAAGACGAAUGGUAGCUUCACAAGUAGACCGCUGGUUUAUCCGGGAUAUGAUCUCUAUUUCGAUCCUCAAGCAAGUCCCGCUUACGAGAUCAUCUUUGGUAUGCAUUGCCUAUCUGCUAUGAUACAAUAUAGCGCUACAACAGCAGCGUGCAGCCUGGCUGCGAGCUUUGCGACGCACGCGUGCGGACAGGUGCAGAUAUUGAUGACACUUUUGGAUGAUCUAGUCGAUGGAAAGAGAAAUAAAGGUACCAAUGUGGAGAAACGUUUAAGAUUGAUAACGAAGCAUCACGUGCGUGUGCUGAGAUUUACGACCGACGUGGAGAAAAUAUUACGUGAAAUAUGCUUACUGGAACUGGUUGCUGCAACCUUGAUUAUAUGUUUGCUCGAGUAUUAUUGUAUGACGUUUGGCAAAAUUGGUUCAGCCGCGUAUGAAGUUAAUUGGUAUGAUUUACCCGGUCAUAAGGCUGUGGAUCUUGUAAUGAUCAUUACAAUGUCUUAUUACCCACCCAAGCUUACAGCUGGCAAAUUCUGUGAUUUAUCUCUCAAUACUUUCAGUACCGUACUUAAAACAUCCGUAGUAUAUUUAAAUUUACUUCGGACAGUUACGCAAUAAAACUUAUACAAUCCACAAAAAAU